CACCAGCUCCCCUCGCAAUUGCACACCCCACGCCCUCCGCCGCCGACGAUAACGACAGCUCCUCCCCAGUCGCUAUACGAUCAGAAGUCCGGAAGUUAGAGGAAGAAGUAGCACGCGCAGCCAUCUCGCCGGGCCUCGAGCCGGCUGGCGCCGACCAUGUCUCUUGAGGGGUAUAUCAAUAAGAAGGUGGUGGUUUUGACGUGUGAUUCGAGGACGUUGGUUGGGAUGUUGUUGUCGUGUGAUCAGAUGACGAAUUUGGUCCUGGGGCAGACUACGGAGCGGAUUAUUCGCCCUCAUGACGACGAGGAGCCGUCGAGCGAGGUGGAGCAUGGGUUGUAUAUUGUUAGGGGAGAUAAUGUGACGGUGGUUGGGCUGGUAGAUGAGGAGCUGGAUGAGAGCAUAAACUGGAAUGAGGUGCGAGGGGCUGUUAUUGGAGGUGUCAAGCACUCGGCGUGAGAUGGGACGGGAAUCUAGACAGGAGGUGGAUGAUGAGUGCGAAGUCAGGAUAAAGGGCUGCCCAGGGGGAGGCUAUUUGCGGCGGAAGACAGUUGGGAAACAGGACAGACAAAAGUCUGAUGCAUAUUACGGCGUUAUGAGGAUAUGAAUGGAUCAGAUAUAAAUGCGGCUGCGGACGCCAUUGUCGAGGAUAAUGUCUACAUUUUGAAAUAAAAAGAUAUGGGGC